UCCUCUAAAUAUCUGUUUUCCUGGCAAGUUGAUCCAUCAAAGUCAGAGCAUGGAAAGGUUAUCUUUUCCUGCACUGCAACUCCCAGAAUCCCCACAGGCCAUUAUGUGCAUUCUUUGCAUUGUGGUCCAAAAGGAUUAAUUUCUCAAUGUCCUGAUGAGAUGCCGGCGACGUCCGCACAUGAUCUUUGUGUGCCCAGAUAUUUCGUGGUUGCAGUUCGAGUAAGGUUUUCAAUGCCUUUGUGGCAUAGUGGUUUAAGCAUUGUGACUCUGCAAACCAGGGUUCAAAUGCUGGCAUGGCAUUGUAAACGCACUGGAUGAGCUUGCGCAAGUGACACUCUCUCAGCCUCAGAGGAUGGCCAUAGCCAAGCCGUUCUAAUGAAACGUGCCAAGAAAACCCAGUGAUCGGAUUGCCAAAUAUCUGUUUUUCCCACUGGGAGAGGAACGCUCCAGCUCUUACCAGGAAAUGUUGAAAACGGCUUAUCUCUCUGGGUAGCGUUUCUGUUUGCUUAGCCGCUCAACCCAUGUGUGCAUGUGUGCAUAUCUUGCAGUUUCUUUUCUCUUCGGAACAAGGAGCGGCGGCCCGACAAGAAAGGAUUAUUCCCUGCACUAGAUCUCCCCUCCAUCCUUUCAAAGAGAUGCUCCCAAGAGCGACCGUCGGCGUGCUUUUCUUCCUGGGAAUCGUUCCCUCCAUGGCCCAGGAAUCUCGUGGCCACAUCUCCGUGGUCUUGCUGGGUGCCACGGGAGACCUAGCCAAGAAAUAUUUGUGGCAAGGCCUCUUCCAGCUUUACCUGGACGAGGUCAGCAACGGGCACACCUUCACCUUCCAUGGCGGGGCCCAAGCCGAACUCGAACGAGGCCGGAAGCUGAUGUAUGACCAUUUGAAGGACCUGGCAUGCCCCUUGGACGUCCUUCCCAACAGGUGUGCCGUGAUGAAGGACCAGUUCCUCCGCCUGACGGACUACCGCCAGCUCAAAACGGAAGAGGACUAUGCCACCCUCAACCAGGAGAUUCAAACCCUGCUUGUUCAGGAGGGCUUGGAAGAAGCUGGCCGGAUUUUCUACUUCUCGGUGCCACCGUUUGCCUACGCGGAGAUUGCCCGCCAUAUUAACAGCAGCUGCAGACCACCAUCCGGGGCUUGGCUGCGCGUGGUCCUAGAGAAGCCUUUUGGCCACGAUCUCCAUUCUGCGCAACAGCUGGCCGACGAGUUGAAGACCUUCUUCCAGGAGGAGGAGAUGUACAGGGUCGAUCACUACCUUGGCAAGCAGGCUGUGGCCCACAUCUUACCCUUCCGGGACCAGAACCGAAAACAUUUGGACCCGAUCUGGAACAGACACCAUGUGGAAAGAGUGGAAAUUGUCUUGAAGGAAACGGUGGACGUGAAAAAUCGCACCAGCUUCUACGAAGAAUAUGGGGCGAUCCGUGACGUCCUCCAGAACCACCUCACCGAGGUCCUGAUGUUUCUCACCAUGGAGCUGCCAGCCAAUGUGAGCAACUCGGAGGAUGUCCUACGGAGCAAGCUUCAAACUUUUGCCUCCCUCCAGGACCUGGAGAAAAACAGUGCCGUACUUGGCCAGUACGAAGCGUACAACAGCCAUGUGAGGGAGGAACUCCAAAAGGGGCAAGACUAUUUUAGCAGGACCCCCACCUUUGCAGGUGUGUUGGUCCACCUGGACAGCCUCCGCUGGGAAGGCGUCCCCUUCAUCCUCACCUCUGGCAAAGUCCUGGACGAACGGGUCGGCUAUGUCCGGGUCGUGUUCAAGAACCAGGCCUAUUGCACCCAACACGAAGCCACCUGGGACCCCGAAGGCAGCCAGUGCAAACCCAAGCAGCUUAUUUUCUACAUUGGGCAUGGGGAGUUGAAUUCUCCAGCCGUCCUCGUGAGCCGCAACCUUUUCAAACCCACAAUGCCAGGAAGCAGCUGGAAGGAACUUCUCGACCGCCCGCAGGAACGUCUUUUCGGACAGCGUCUCUCGGAUUACCACGUCUAUGUCCCCGUGGCAGAAAGAGAUGCCUAUGCCAUCCUGAUCUCUCGUAUUUACCACGGGAAGAAGGAAUCCUUUAUCACCACUGAAAACCUCCUGGCCUCAUGGCAAUUUUGGACUCCUUUACUGACCACCUGGGCGAAUGAGGUCCCUCGGGUGUACCCUGGUGGCCAGGAAAACGGGCACCUCUUAGAUUUCGAGAUCGCUGGAGGAGAAGUCUCCUUUGUGGUCAAGGAGACCCUCGAGGUGAUGGACGCCAGGGACAGGCAAACGCCGGACAAAUACAAGACCAUCCAGUCCAGGUUUCGGCAGAGCCAUCUGAUCACCGCCUGGUCAGAGGAACUGGUCACCCGGCUGGCAUCAGACAUCGAGACGGUGGCAAUGAGCGCCAUCAGGCGGUCCGGGGAGUUUCACAUGGCCCUCUCCGGGGGAUCAAGUCCCUUGGCUCUUUUCAAACAACUGGCGUUACAUCACUACGGCUUCCCCUGGCGCCACACUCACCUCUGGCUGGUGGACGAGCGUUGUGUGCCUCUCUCCGACCCAGAGUCCAAUUUCGGCAACUUGUACGAACACCUGAUCCGCCAUGUCCGGGUGCCAUAUUUCAAUGUCCACCCCAUGCCGGUGCACCUCAACCGGAGGCUCUGCGUGGAGGAGGACAAAGGCCCAGAGUUGUACGCCAAUGAGAUCGGAGCCCUGGUAGCCAAUGCCAGCUUCGACUUGGUGCUUCUGGGGGUGGGUACGGAUGGGCACACGGCCUCUCUUUUCCCUCAUUCACCCGUCGGCCUGGAGGGGAACCAGGAGGUGGUCUUUACAGAGAGCCCCAUAAAGCCACACCAGCGCAUGACUUUCGCCUUGCCGCUCAUCAACAAAGCCAAGCGGGUAUGGGUUUUGGCAAUGGGCAAGGGCAAGCAUGACAUUGUGACGGUGGUCAGCAGGGCCGGGAACGAGCCCAAGAAGUGGCCAAUUUCUGGGGUUAACCCCACCUCUGGCCAGAUUGCAUGGUAUGUGGACUAUGAGGCUUUGCUUGGAUGAUCCUUCAUCUGGAUGGCUUCCUAUCCGUCCACCUUUGGAGCCAAAAUCUCUGUCAUUAGCCAUAGAUGCCUCUUUCUGAAUAUAUUUUUCCAGCCUGACAGUCUUAAGGUUUCCUGCAGGGGUGAGAAUCAGGCAUCCCUUCGAACAUUGGCUGAACUGCAGCUCUCAGCAUUCCUCAUCACUGGCAAGGCUGGUUAGGGAUGAUGGGAGCUGCAGGUGACAAGAUCUGAAAGGCACCCUGAUUCCGAUCUACCAGCUGUUACUGACACAAAAGGCCACGGUUCUUGUUUUCAAACCCCAUGGAGGUACAUGUAGUUGUAACAUCCUUCCAGAAAUCACCAAACACGGCCUGGAAGUUGUGGCCCCUUGUCAUAUGUUCCUAACAGAUACACUGCCUUUGCACAUGGAGGUUGCAUGUAGCAAUCCAUGCUUGACCUCUCCUUCCCCGCUAAUCCAACGGGGAGCAAUUUGUGGCCGUUCAGCUGUGGUUGGAGUGCCAUUCCCAACAUCCUUCACUGUUGGCUGUGCAACUUACUGAGCUGAUGGGACUUGCAAUCCAGAAACUUGCCACAUGUUGCCCACCCAGAGUCUAACCUUAUUUUUUAAGGGCUAUCUAAGCUGGUGGUCAUUGCAACAUCCAAGGGCAGUGAGUUCCACUAGUUAAUGAUAAAGGCCUAGGAAUAGAUGAGAAAUAUUUUCCUGUACCUCCUUUUGCCAUAUUCAGGGCACUUCACCACUAUGUGCCUCAGUUUCCCCUCAAUUCACAGGACGGGAACAGACUUAUAAAAUAACCUACCUCAUAGGAAGGCCUUACAUCUGGAGCCAGGAACCUUUGACCCUCCAGGCUUGUUUGACUAUGACUCCCAUCAUCCCUUACCACUUGGUUCGGCAGGGAAAUCCCUCUGGGAACCCAAAGGUUCACACAAAGGUCCAUCAUCCUCUUUGGACCCUUUGCCUUUUAAAAAACAAUACAUCAUUGGAA